AUGUCCGAGAUGGCAAGUUCUUGGAAACCUAAUAGACUUGGAACUCUUGCUCCCUCAACAAUAAAUUCAUCCAAGGAAGUAUACUGACUUCUCGUUCUUGCAGGCAUGAUUGUUCUGGGUUUACUUGGACUCAUAUCGGCAGUUUCUACGUUCAGCUUGAUUCUAUUCUUGACCUACCGUAUGGCAUAUUGGCGACGGUAUUAUGAAAAGCCUUUGACCAAAAAUCAAGUCGUUCUUCUACUUUACAACCUUCUUCUCGCAGAUUUUCAACAGUCCUUGUCAUUCUGUAUCUCCUUCUACUGGCUUACGCACAACAAACUCGUAGGACCAUCUAAGAUGUGUUUUUUGCAGGCAUGGCUUGUUCACAUUGGCAAUGUCUCUUCGGGACUGUGGGUUCUUUCAAUCGGUAUACACACCUUCAUUAAUGUUGUAUGGAGAAGAAAGGUUCCCACGAGCGUUUUCAUAGCAUGGGCUGUUGGAAUAUGGGUAUUCUCCCUUGCCAUCACGGCUGCAGGGCCGAUCAAAAUUCAUAAUAUAUUCGUUCCUACUGCUGCGUGGUGCUGGAUCAAGGGCGAAUACCGGUGGGAACGACUUUACCUUCACUACGCAUACAUCUUUCUCGCACAGAUCGGUUCAGUCGUUGUUUACAGCUUCAUCGCCAUAUUCCUUUACACCCAAGUGCAUUAUGCAGGGGGUCAACAGUUUUCUACUGCGCAGACACCUGGUGCUACUUUGAAACCGCAGAAUGAUCCUUUCGCCGAGUCCCAGAAACAAAUCCUCCGGACAGCAAGAUAUAUGGUUCUGUAUCCAUUAGUAUAUGUCGUUUUGACCUUACCGCUCGCUGCUGCCAGAGUCGCUGCCAUGACUUACCACAACCCACCCAGAGAGAUUUACAUCUUUGCUGGAGCUAUGAUGACAAGCUGUGGAUGGGUCGAUGUCUUGUUGUAUACUACAACAAGAAAUAUUGUCGUCUUAUCGAAAGUUAAUGACAAAUAUGCACCGAGUCAAUGGCAGAGUUUUCGGAUGUGGGUAAGAAGGAUGUUCGGAUGCGGGAACCUGGAUUGA